UCUUCUCUUCUCUUCUUCUAUAUUCUUCUUAAAAUACUUCUUACUUUUCUCUAUUCCAUGAAAGACAUGAAUACUUCAUACUUAAUUUUAUAUAUAUGCAUAUUUAUGUGUGAGCAUAUAUCGAUGAAUAUCAUGGUGUGAUGAUAUGUGCUUGUGGUUAAAGAUGAUACAUAGAUUUCUUAGGAGUUUCACAUCUUUCAAUGAAAUUUUGCAUGGCUUCCAAGAAAUGAUGAACGUAAAACCAAUGGAGCAUAUUAUGAUUCCUAAUAACAACACUCAUCAAUCAAACACCACGUCCAAUGCAAGGCCAAACACUAUUCUCACAUCCAGCGGCGGCGUCUCAGCUGCAGGAGCCACCGUCUCCGGCGUAAGCAACAACAACAAUACACCGGUUGUGGUGGAGAGGAAAGCAAGACCACAAGAGAAACUAAAUUGUCCAAGAUGUAACUCAACCAACACAAAGUUUUGUUACUACAACAACUAUAGUCUCACGCAACCAAGAUACUUCUGCAAAGGCUGUCGAAGGUAUUGGACCGAAGGUGGAUCUCUUAGGAAUGUUCCUGUCGGAGGAAGUUCAAGAAAGAACAAGAGAUCAUCUUCUUCAUCAUCAUCAAACAUCCUUCAAACAACACCAUCUUCACAUGGCUUGACUACAACACUUCCAGAUCUCAAUCCACCUAUUAUUUUCUCAAACCAAAUCCCUAAUAAAUCAAAAGGGUCACAAGAUCUCAACUUGUUGUCUUUCCCUGUCAUGCAAGACCAACAUCAUCAUCAACAUGUUCACAUGUCUAAGUUUCUUCAGAUGCAUAAGAUGGAAGGAAAUGGCAACAUGACUCAUCAACAACCGUCAUCAUCAUCUUCUCUCUAUGGUUCUUCAUCGUCUCCUGUUUCAGCUCUCGAGCUGCUGAGAACAGGAGUUAAUGUUUCAUCAAGAUCAGGGAUCAACGCUUUUAUGCCUUCUGGUCCAAUGAUGGAUUCUUCACACAAUGUGAUGUACACCUCUUCAGGGUUUCCAACGAUGGUGGAUUACAAAACAAGUAAUCUUUCUUUCUCUACUGAAAAUCAAGGGCUUGGACACAACAACAACAACAAUAGUUCUGGUGAUGCUCAUAGUGAUCAUCAUCAAGGUAGGGUUUUGUUUCCAUUUGGGGAUCAAAUGAAGGAGCUUUCAUCAAGCAUAACACAAGAGGUUGAUCAUGAUGAUAAUCAACAGCAGAAGAGUCAUGGUAACAAUAAUAAUAAUCCAAGCCCUAAUAAUGGAUACUGGAGUGGGAUGUUCAGUACUACAGGUGGAGGAUCUUCAUGGUGAAGCAAAAUGAUCAAAAGAGAUUGUGAAAUUAGCUUUCUACCCAUUGGAGGUGCUCUAAUUCUCUUUCAUGAUAUUUUGCCUUACAUAGUCACAUGGGGUACUUUAGUUAAAGUUGUCAGAACUUGACUAUCACAACAUGGUAUUUUAUUCUCUUUUUUAAUCAAUAUUUAUUUUUAAAUGUUUUAUAACUGGGGCGGCGGUAAUUCGGGUUGGUUUUUCACUUUGGGUGUGGAUUUAUUAGGAUACAUGUAUAAUGGAUUUAUGUAUAGGUAGAAGAAUAUGUGAAUGCGAAUUUCGUGAGUGUUGCAUGAUAUAUGUAUUCAUCGUUUCUUCUAUCUGUAUAUAUAAGUGUUCUCAUAAUCUCAUAAAAGAAUAUUCAAAAUA